UGUGAGUUGUGGUUGAUGUGUGGAGGAAGUGAGGCCGGUGUGGCUGCGGGCUGUGGGCGGCUCCUCUUCAGUAGGUCAGUCGGUGUGGAGGAGAGCGGACGGAGCGGAGCGGCGCACCGGGACCCGGGAUCUGUACUACACAUACACGGCAGCAAGACCACAACCGACCGACCGAACGGCAGGCAGGCAGGAGCGGAGGAGCAUGGAGCUGUGAGGGCUGCGGGCCGACCGGGACCUGCUCCCUAAAAAAUCCCUGUUUGAUUUGUUUAUUUACCGCAUCUGCGAGCUUUUUUCCAAACAUGGAGACUAGAGGCUGCUGGCUGCUACUGGCUGCACACUUCAUCCUCAUCUGCCAACAGGCUGAAGGAUAUGCAUACAGGAAUCAGCGCAAGUUCUCAGAAGACAUCGACUGGUCGUACGCAGGAACAUUGAAUCAAAACAACUGGGCCAAGAAGUUUCCAUCCUGCAGCAACGCCAAGCAGUCUCCCAUCAACAUCGAGGAGAACCUGGCUCAGGUGAAGCUGCAGUACCAGAAACUGAGGUUUGAUGGCUGGGAGAACCCGACAACCGACAGGACGACCAUCAAGAACGAUGGCAAGACUGUGGCGGUCGAUGUGGAUGGAGAGUUCUAUGUCAGCGGAGGGGGUCUCAGGUCAAAGUUCAAGGUCGGACGCGUCACCUUCCACUGGGGGCGCUGCAACGCCUCUUCAGAGGGCUCUGAACACAGUCUGGAUGGAGUCAAAUACCCUCUAGAGAUGCAGAUCUACUGUUAUGAGGCUCAUCGCUUUGACUCUUUAGAUGAAACCAUCAAGGCCGGAGGCAGAAUCACAGCGCUCGCCGUGCUGUUUGAGACGAGCACUGAAGAGAAUGUGAACUACGCUGCCAUCAUAGACGGUAUCAGCAGCGUGAGCAGAUAUGGAAAGAGCGGCGAGGUUUCACCCUUCGCCCCGCGAGGUCUCCUGCCGAACUCCACAGAGAAAUACUUCAUCUACAACGGCUCUCUGACCACGCCGCCCUGCAGCGAGACUGUCGAGUGGAUCGUCUUCAAGAACACAGUGGCCAUCUCUGAUGAACAGCUGGAGAUGUUCUGUGAAGUGAUGACGAUGCAGCAGGCCGGAUACGUGAUGCUGAUGGACUACCUGCAGAACAACUACAGGGAGCAGCAGCAGCAGUUCAUGGGUCAGGUGUUCUCCUCCUACACCGGCACCGAGGAGGUCCUCACACCAGUGUGCAGUUCGGAGCCGGAGAACAUCCAGGCGGUGGCCUACAACCUCAGCAGCCUGCUGGUCACAUGGGAGCGGCCCCGGGCGGUGUACGACGCCAGCAUCGAGAAAUACUCUGUCAGCUACCGAUUGGCCAAUGUAGAAAAUGCCGCCCCCUCUAUAUACCUGACGGACGGAGACCAGGAUGUGGGGGCGAUACUCGAUGACCUAUUAGCCAACACCAGCUAUGUGGUCCAGGUGGUGGCGGUCUGCACCAACGGUCUGUAUGGACGUGUGAGCGACCUGCUGACGGUCGUCAUGCCCAUCGACGACCCCGAAAAUGCACUGGAUCCAGAUUCAGAUGAAUUUAAUGUCGAGGGCACCUAUGAACCCGAUCUGUCUUGGAAUGAACCAUUCCAAACCGAGGAUUACGAUCUGGCCUUGAUUCCUACAAACUCACCAAGGACCACGACUUCUGGGUCACCUCUUUUACCUCUACCUGGCAUCAGAACCACAACAGCAGAACCUGGUCAGAGGAAAACCACCACUGAUGUUGUUCCCCCGGUCAGAUCCACCCAGUAUGGUCAUGUCCUGAGCCAUUCUGAAGAGACAGCACGCCACAGUACCUCCACACGUCCACCAGAGGACACCCUGCCACCAAAAACCAGAGGAAGUGCUGACUUCAGUGGCAAUGCUCCCUUUUACUUGACAACAACAACCAAGGAAGUCUUCAUGCCCACUUCCACUACUCCUUUAUUCUCCAGUGCAAAGACACAUGGUGUUCUUGGAGGCAUCAGUCCAAAAGACUCCUCUGAAAAAACAAAAGGUGGUGUUAGUAGCACUACUCCUACAUUCACCAGUGCAAAGACAAAAGGUGGUAAAAGUAUUUCUUCAUACAGCACCACCGCGACCACACUGAGGUCUCGUACCGGUGACACGAGCAGCACAACACCAUCACCAUCCUUCAUCCAGGCCGAGGGCGACCAAGGCCCGGCGAGUCCCAUAAACGAAGACACCACCACUGAUGGAGGUGUUUCUGCUGGACCCGGAGGUCUUCCAGAGAUCCAGGCAGAAAGUUCGACCUCCCAGCCUUCCUCCUCGGGUGAAGCUGUUCCACGUAGGCCGACAAGUCCCAGCAUGCCUCUUUUUUCGUCUACCACAACCUCUGUCCGGUUGAGUGGCGUUCUCUUGCAGACCACACAGCCGCUGUCCAACGGUGAGCGCCCCUCUGUCCUCCCCUCCUCUUCCUCUUCCUCCUUCGCCUCCUCCCCUCUGUGUGACACUGCGGACCCCGACGCCAUCCCCUCCACCUGCCUGCAUGACCCUUCCUCUUCGUCUUGGCCUGUGUUGUCUGCCUCUGGUUCGGACUCCCAGCAUGCCGCUACCGCACCACUGUCUAGCAAAGACCCAGCUUCUCCUUCAACCCCCACGCUCCCUGCCUCCACCCUGCCUCACCUCCCUCACCCCUCGCACCCCCGGUCUGGUUGGGAGACUGACCUUGUCUCCCCCAGUGUCAGGUUUGAUGAUAAUGAUAGCGAUGGUGAUUUGUUGUCUGGGUCUUCGUUAGUCUCUUCAGGUGACCCUUCAGUGUUUAGCGAUACCCCUCCUCUCCAAACGGUGCCGGAUGCGUCUGGCACCACCGUCGCCGCUGAGCCUUCCGAAUCCUCCUGGGAUCUGUCACUCUCAACAGUCUCUCUGUCUCUCAGCCCCACCCUCCAGCCUUCAGUUCUCCUCUCUAGUGACUUCACCCUUUCUGGCACAACUCCGGGCUUAUCCCGUUCUUUCUCAGUUGGGUUUGAGGACUCAAGGUACGCCACGGGGAGCACAAUAGAGUCUUUUCUCCCCGAGGUCAGUGGUGAUGGGUUUCCGUUAGCUAGUGACGUGGACCCCAUAUGCGGCUGUUCUCUGGAGCCGUCAGCGUCCUCGUCCUGGUUGCACGCCUCUCCUCAUGUACCCCUGCCGUCCUCAGCCUGGGAUUCUGCUAGCCUAGAACUUUACUCUAGCGUGGGCUUCCCUUCGGCCUCUGGUGCUGGUGUAGACGAUCUUCUACGCUCUCUGUCUGUGGCAGGUUCUGAUGGUCUCUCCUUAGACCAGCCUCUCCUCUCCCAUAGCGCUAUCUCUCCCUCAUCGUCCUCUUCACACUCCCACCUUCUCCAAGUCACCGAUAGUGACCUGCCCAUUUCUGUUGCAGCCACAGGGUCGGGUGUCAGGGAUCCCUGGUUCUCGGCAUCAGACGAGAACUCUGCCCUGCAAACCUCUGCCCUCCCUUCCUCACCCACAGCCUCCACCUUCACCCCCAACCCCGAAGGACAGGUGUUAGACACUAGCAGCAGUGCCUCCGGCUCGGCCCUGUUCCCCGACUCCCAGGCAGGCGUAGAUCAGGAAUGGGACAGGGUUCAAACCUCGGCCUCUGGAGAGAGCGCGUUCCCUUAUUCAAACAAAGUUACUAACACCAUUCCCCCAUCUACAACCUCUGGGUCUGGCCAGACCGCUGAUGAUUUGGAUGAACACUCCACUGCGUUCUAUUUUGAAAGCGCGAGCGGCAGUGACCUCACACCGGAGGUAGGAGGCACAGUGAAGCCAACCAUUUCUGCGAUGACCUCGGCUUCACCCUGGUCGCCAGGGGGAGAGGAGGAAAGCGGCUCAGGGCAGGGUGAAAGCCUAUACGACAACGAGACGUCCUCCGACUUCAGUAUCUCCGAGCGCACGGAAAGAGAGUCGGAGGAAGAGGAGCCAGUCGCAGACGCCAGUAACAGCAGCCAUGAGUCGAGAGUUGGUUCGAUCAGGGAAAGAGAGAGGAAGGCUGUGGUUCCUCUGGCCGUCAUCUCCACCCUCACCGUACUCGGCAUGAUCGUCCUCAUCAGUAUCCUCAUCUACUGGAGGACCUGUUUUCAGACGGCUCACUUUUACAUAGAUGACAGCUCAUCACCUAGAGUCAUCGCUGCACCGUCCACUGCUGCAUUAACAUCUGACGAGCAAACGGCUUUCCCAGUGAAGGAGUUUGUCAAACACGUGGCCGAGCUUCACGACACCCACGGCUUUCAGCGAAAGUUUGAGAUACUGAAGGAGAGUUACGAGGAGGUUCAGGCGUGCAUGGUGGACAUGGGGAUGACGACUGACAGCUCCAACCAUCCUGACAACAAGACUAAAAACAGAUACAGCAACAUCCUGGCCUAUGACCACAGCCGGGUGCGACUCUCGCCGCAGGCUGACAAAGACGGGAAGACAAGGGAUUACAUCAACGCAAACUAUGUGGACGGUUUUAAGAAGUCGCGGUCGUACAUCGCCGCUCAGGGGCCUUUGAGGUCGAGCACUGAGGACUUCUGGAGGAUGGUUUGGGAGCAAAACGUCUGCGUCAUCGUGAUGAUCACCAACCUGAUGGAGAAAGGAAGAAGGAAGUGUGAUCAGUACUGGCCGGCGGAGGUGCAGGAGGAGUACGGCAGCUACCUGGUGACGGUGAAGAGCAGCAGAGAGCUCGCCUACUACACCCAGAGGACCUUCACUGUCAGGACCACCCACACCAAAAAGGGCUCUCAGAAGGGGCGAAGCAAUGAGCGGACGGUGAUGCAGUACCAUUACACCCAGUGGCCCGACAUGGGCGUCCCAGAGUUCGCUCUGCCGCUGCUCAGCUUCAUCCGCAAGUCGUCCAGAGCCAGGACGGACGCCAUGGGGCCCACUGUGGUGCACUGCAGUGCUGGCGUGGGCCGGACGGGCACGUACAUCGUCCUGGACAGCAUGCUGAAGCAGAUGAGAGACGAAGACACGGUCAACAUCACAGGCUUCCUCAAACACAUCCGCACACAGAGAAACUACCUGGUUCAGACAGAGGAACAGUAUGUUUUUAUCCAUGAUGCCUUGGUGGAAGCCAUCUUGUCCGGAGAGACAGAGGUGGUGGCGGCUCACCUGCACAAGUACGUGGACGAGCUGCUGAUCCCGGGGCCCGCUGGGAGGACACGCCUGGACAAACAGUUCAAGCUGGUUUGUCACUCCCGAGUGAAGCAGUGUGACUACUCUGCAGCUCUGCAGGACUGCAACCGCAGCAAGAAUAGAAACUGCUCAGUGAUACCUGUUGAGAGGUCGCGAGUGCGCCUGUCUACGACGGCGGGGGAAGCGUCAGACUACAUUAAUGCAUCAUACGUCACAGGUUACAGGCAGAGCAGUGAGUUCAUCAUUACCCAGAAUCCUUUGCCCGGCACCAUAAAGGACUUCUGGAGGAUGAUAUGGGACCACAACGCCCAGGUCAUUGUGUCGCUGCUGGGGAUGCUGUCAGGCGGGACGGAGGAGGAGGAGGAGCUGAGCGUCAUUUGGCCCCGUAAAGGGCAGCCAAUCAGCUAUGAGAUGUUCACUGUUACUCUGAGGAGUGAGAAUCACAUCUGCCUGGCCAACGAGGACAUGCUGGUGGUCCAGGACUACGUACUGGAAGCUACACAGACGUCUGCUGCAUUUCCUCGACAGGACGACUACGUUCUUGAGGUAAAACACUACCGCGCCCCUCGUUGGCCAAACCCAGACAGUCCCAUCAGCAACACCUUCGAGCUCCUUAGCCUGGUGAAAGAGGAGAGCGCCGCCAAGGACGGCCCCACUGUGGUCUACGAUGAUGUGGGUGGAGUCACGGCAGGAACGUUCUGCGCUCUAUCUUCUCUGACUUGCCAGCUGGAGGCCGAAGGUUCAGUCGAUGUCUUCCAAGUGGCCAAGCUGACAAACCUCAUGAGACCAGGAAUCUUCAGCGACAUCGAGCAGUACCAGUUCCUGUACAAAGCCAUGCUGAGUCUCAUCGGGACGCAAGAAGAUGAGAAAACCCUCCAGUCCUCCGACAAUAAUGGUACCAUCGUGGUGGGAACCGCCAGCACUGCAGAGAGCCUUGAAUCCCUGGUGUAACCGCCCCCAAAAACACAAAGAACUCUGUUUAACUUUUACAAAUGAGCAACAGCAUUUUAUCCUUCCUCUUCAACCACCAACAGAACUUCUCCCGCUACAACUACUAAAUAGAAAUCCUUGUCGUUCAGGACUCUGUGUUGUAGUUUGAGGCUGGCAUGUACCGAACAAGUUCCUUCUUUGCUGGAUCUGGACUCCCAGCAGUUUUGUAAUGUGUGCCUUUUUGUAUUUUUCAUCAUGUACUUCUAACUUUGAUACAAGCUGUAGACUAACUGGCUGAUGUUUUAACGCUGUAAUGCCCUGAGACAUUUCACUCGACUAACAAACUUUUCCUAGACCUUUGUAUUUAUUGGCACUGAGCCAAAUGGGGGAAAAAAAGGGAAAAACUGCAUCUUUUUACAUCAAAUGAGAUAUUUUGUUAGCAUGUCUUUUAUAGAGCUCCUGCACUGAACUCCUUUGUGUAAAUACCAUCGCAACGGUAGCAGCAGUGUGCUAUUGAAGUUAAAUAUAAAAUAAGGGCCUGGAAUAAUAAAAAAUAAUAAUCUAAUGUAAAUAAUAUUAUAGUAAUCAACUCGAUGGACCAAAUUUCUAUUUAUACUUUUAGAUUUUUAUAUUUUACCAUUUUUAGUGCAUUCAAAUGUUAUGGUUUAAUUCUAAUUGCUUAGUUGGAGAAUAUUAAUGAGUAUAUAUUCUGGAUUUUGUAACAGACUAAAUGUGAUGCAUGGGGUACUGACAUGUUUGUUUUUUAGCUGGACAUAAAACACUGCUGGAUUAUUUUAUUAGCUAGGGCAUUAAAUAAGUGAAAGAACACCAAA